CGCCCGGCGGGGUUUCGUGUGGUGAUCGGGUCGCUUCGCUCUUUGUUAGGAGAGCGCGUGGGUGAGAGGGAAAGGCUGCCGAGGAGGAGGCCAGGACUGAGCUAGGAUUGAGCUAGGACUGAAGGAGGACUGAGUGAGGAGCGGAGGGGCGGAUCCAUUGGCGGCCACCGCUCACCACAGCAGCGGCGGCGGCUCUGCCGACUAGGCCGCGGCGGCCAUGGCCGUGGACCUCCGGGACCCCAGGAGCGGUUUUCGCCACAACGAGGUGGUCAUGUUCAUCAACGAAGAGGUGCUCAGUAACGGCGGCGGUCCAGACUUCUACUCGACCUUCCGCUCGCGGCCCUGGAACGAGAUCGAGGAUGAGCUGCAGUCCAUCCUGGCCGACCUGCAGGUGCCGCCGGCCGUCAAGAGGGCCUGCGUCUGGAGCGCGCUGGCCCUGAGUGUGCGUGUGGCCACGAGGCAGCGGGAGCAGCAGGCCCGCCGAGUCCGGCGGCUGCAGGAGCAGGUUGGGGAGCGCGAGACGGCCACCUGGGCUCUGGCCUCCCAGCUGCAGCGGCUGCGCGAGGAGCGCGAGGAGGUGGCCAAGCAGUUGCAUUGCACACGCAACGACCUGCAGCAGGCGCUGACCGAGCGCGAGGAGCUGCGUGGGCAGCUGCUCCAGGCAGAGAGGCAGCCCCAGGAGGUCGUACCCCGAUCUCAAGCCCAGCACCUCGGGGCUGAAGCGUGGCCUCUGACCACUGAGGAGAGAAACAAGCUGCUGGUGGCGACAUCACAGCGUAGGCAGAUGGAGGAGGUCCAGAGGGAAGCCCAGAAUGUCUCGACGGGCGGUUUGCUUUACAUGCCGGGACCCCCGACUCCCUGGUCCCAGGUGGCUCAGCCCCCUCUGCCCAUGCCAUUCCCAUACCCACCACCUCCCCCACCUACGGUGGUCUCAGAAGUGGAAACAGCGGCGGCGGCGGCGGCGGCGGCGGCAGCAGCAACAGCAGCAGCAUUCCCACCCCAGAUGCCUGCUGGGGGCACCUACCCACCUGGCAUGUGGCCUGCAGUUGUGUCCCAAGAGGAGGUAGCCCUGCAGCGGGACCCGAGGAUCCAAGGCCAACAGGAAGGUCCUGUGAGGCCCUACUUCAUAAAUCCGUCAGGGCACAGCUGGAGCCAAGAAGACCCAACCAAGCGACAACCUCAGGAACAGAUGCCGAGGCCACUCGAAGCUCCAGGAACUUCAUGUGAAGCUGAAGGUCCAGCUCCCAGUGUGCAAAUCCUCAUGAAGUACCCUUCUGGCUUUCAGCAGCCUUCACCUCAGUGAGAUCUCAGCUGGCUGGAGCUAAAGCGUAUAAAGGAAUCAGGGAAGAGGAGACAUGCUGGCACACAUCUUGGAACAAGGGAGGGCAGACAGAUUUUGUUAAACGUAAUCCUUCUGUUGGGGAAAAAGGAUUGAUGUAGCAGAGUUUCAAAGGGGGUCGGGAGGGUCGUAUUAAAUUUAGGGGUUAUCCCAAGUUUGUAAAAUUACAUUCAUUAAUUCAUUCAACAAGUGGUUAUUAAUUAUCUAGUAUGUGCUAGGAACUACUGUUAUGUUAUCAUCUGAUGCACACAUUAUAACCCAAGUGGGUGACUUUGAUUAGAUGACAGGAGAGAGCCUAAUUUGGGAUACAGAUUAUAUCAGUAGUGACUUCUUUGCCUUGCACAUAGUGUGGCUUUGGGAUAAAUCCAACUGAAAUAAAGUCAAGGUCCGUUUCUAAGAUUCUGGGGGCAAUGUCAAAGAGACCAUCAUGGAAGGACUUGAAUGACUAAACUGUUCAUCACAUUAAUCCCAAUGGAAAUGAAUGGGCAGGGGCAAGUAUUGACAAAGUGGCCUCACAAAAGUACAGGCAGGACUUCUCUGAUACUCCUGCUGAUUUCCUCCCCUGCGAGGGACAGCUAUUUUCCUGGUUGUCUGAAAGACCUCUGGGUUGUCUUUAAGAAAGACAUCGUUUGGGAGAGUGUUGGCUACACACUCGAGCCCUCAGCCUCAGUCUGCCCCUAGC